UUCCAUUAGGCCUGCCUGAGGAAGUUUAUUGAAUUUCUGCCAGUGUUAAAAUUCUAGAAUAUUAAGGGGAGACUUCAAAUUUUCUUUUCACUUUAGGAGAAAAAAAAUUGUUUUAUAUCUACAGUCACCUUCUAGAUUUAAGUCAGAGAAGUAGCAGCUGUUUUUUUUAUUUUCCUACUUAGAUGUUAACUCAGUCAUAAUCUUGACACUUGUGUCAGAUUUAUGGAAUAAUGUGAUUUACAGAUCAUAAAGAGACAUUAUGAGGUAAUCUUUACUCCCCAUUAGACCUCAACCUAGGAACAUUCCCAGCUACUAUCUCUGCUUUGUACCAGUCAGUUGUGUUUGGAUAAUGGUCUCCUGGUUGAAUUAAGUGAAUCUAGUGAUGGCCAUAUAGUAGUUUGAGUCACUUUCCACAAAGAAGAGACAGUUGUUCCCUUUAAUUUCAGUUAUUUUCAAAUAUUUUUGACCCCUCCUGUUGUUUUGGCAUCUGUUUGAGAAAAGAUCAAGUGGAAGCGGGUUACCAAGAAUGACACUUUAAUAACUGAAGCAGAGAAUGGAGAGUUCAAGAUUGGGUAUUCUUUUUCAGCUCGGUUACAGUCUUACUAUGAAUCUGAUGCUCUAUGCCCAGGUCUCUGUGGCUGGGCUGCUCCAGCCUGGCGGACAGUAUGCCUUCGCUGCGAUGCCUGUAUAACCCAGGGACUGGCGCACUCACAGCUUUCCAGAAUUCCUCAGAGAGAGAAGACUGUAAUAAUGGCGAACCCCCUAGGAAGAUAAUACCAGAGAAGAAUUCACUUAGACAGACUUAUAACAGCUGUGCCAGACUCUGCUUAAACCAAGAAACAGUAUGUCUAGCAGGCACUGCUAUGAAGACUGAAAAUUGUGUGGCCAAAACAAAACUUGCCAAUGGCACUUCCAGUAUGAUUGUGCCCAAGCAACGGAAACUCUCAGCAAGCUAUGAAAAGGAAAAAGAACUGUGUGUCAAAUAUUUUGAGCAGUGGUCAGAGUCUGAUCAAGUGGAAUUUGUGGAACACCUUAUAUCCCAAAUGUGUCAUUACCAACAUGGACACAUAAACUCCUAUCUUAAGCCUAUGUUGCAGAGGGAUUUCAUAACUGCUCUGCCAGCUCGGGGUUUGGAUCACAUUGCUGAAAACAUUCUGUCAUACCUGGAUGCCAAAUCAUUAUGUGCUGCUGAACUUGUGUGUAAGGAGUGGUACCGAGUAACAUCUGAUGGCAUGUUAUGGAAGAAGCUCAUCGAGAGAAUGGUCAGGACAGAUUCUCUAUGGAGAGGCCUGGCAGAACGAAGAGGGUGGGGACAGUAUUUAUUCAAAAACAAACCUCCUGAUGGGAAUGCUCCUCCCAACUCUUUUUAUAGAGCACUUUAUCCUAAAAUUAUACAAGACAUUGAGACAAUAGAAUCUAAUUGGAGAUGUGGAAGGCACAGUUUACAGAGAAUUCACUGCCGCAGUGAAACAAGCAAGGGAGUUUACUGUUUACAGUACGAUGACCAGAAGAUAGUAAGCGGUCUUCGAGACAACACAAUCAAGAUCUGGGAUAAAAGCACAUUGGAAUGCAAGCGAAUUCUCACAGGCCACACGGGUUCUGUCCUGUGUCUCCAGUAUGACGAGAGGGUGAUCAUAACUGGAUCGUCGGAUUCCACGGUCAGGGUGUGGGAUGUAAAUACAGGUGAAAUGCUAAACACAUUGAUACACCAUUGUGAAGCAGUUCUGCAUUUGCGUUUCAAUAAUGGCAUGAUGGUGACCUGCUCCAAAGACCGGUCCAUUGCUGUAUGGGAUAUGGCCUCCCCAACCGACAUAACCCUGCGGAGGGUACUGGUUGGUCACCGAGCUGCCGUCAAUGUUGUAGACUUUGAUGACAAGUACAUCGUUUCUGCAUCUGGGGAUAGAACUAUAAAGGUAUGGAACACAAGUACUUGUGAAUUUGUAAGGACCUUAAACGGACACAAACGUGGCAUCGCCUGUUUGCAGUACAGAGACAGGCUGGUCGUGAGUGGCUCAUCUGACAACACUAUCAGAUUAUGGGACAUAGAAUGUGGUGCUUGUUUACGGGUGUUAGAAGGCCAUGAGGAAUUAGUGCGCUGUAUUCGAUUUGAUAACAAGAGAAUAGUCAGUGGCGCCUAUGAUGGAAAAAUUAAAGUAUGGGAUCUUGUGGCUGCUUUAGACCCCCGUGCUCCUGCAGGGACUCUCUGUCUACGGACCCUUGUGGAGCAUUCUGGAAGAGUUUUCCGACUUCAGUUUGAUGAAUUCCAGAUUGUCAGUAGUUCACAUGAUGACACAAUCCUCAUCUGGGACUUCCUAAAUGACCCAGCUACCCAGACUGAACCCCCCCGCUCCCCUUCUCGAACAUACACCUAUAUCUCCAGAUAAAUGAUCAUAUACUGACCUCAUAUUUGCCCAGGACUCAUUAAGGUUGUGGUAUUUAACAUAUCUGCCAAUACCAGGAUGAGCAACAGCAGUAAUAAUCAAACUACUACCCACUUUCCUGGACUAGCCGAGGAUCUGGGCUUUGAGACUCCUGUUGGGACACAGUUGGUCUGCAGUCGACCCAGGACGGGCUGCUCAGCACAGCUGACUGCUUCAGUGCUGCUAUCAGAAGAUGUCUUUUAUCUUUCGUGAAUGAUUGGAACUUUAAACCUCACCUCCCUCCUCCUUUCCCCUCCGCACCUGUGUUUUCCUCAUUUGGUUCCAGACAAAGAUGACUUAUAAAUAUAUUUAGUGUUUUGCCAGAA